GACAGACAGCUGAGGGGGGUUUGAAUGUCCAACCGGGACGGUCGGUGGACUACCGCGAACUCACACGCACAAUUCACAGGUCUUCGCAGUUGACUGAUGAGCAGCCAGUAGGACCGGGGUUGGCCUACACCGACUGGCAUAGAGGGUCAGCAGUGCCAGAAAAGACAAGAUUGGAGGACAGAAGACGUAGUUGCAGAACUGCUGGUGGUUGACUAGUGGUUAGCCUUUAGCAUACUUGUGGCAGCGUUGAGGAAGAAAAGAGGGCUUGGCGAUGGUCACAGCUAUGGACGAUUCCUGUCCCAAUGGGGUACGGGAGGAGGAGGAGGAGGAGGUGACGCCCCCGGGACAGGCUGGCGUGGAGGGGCCCCCGGCUGUGCAGUCCACCCAGGGAGCAGAAACGUCUGGAGCCAUGCAGCAGGUGUUGGAUAAUCUGGGUGAGCUGCCCACCUCCACGGGCGCCAAAGACAUCGACCUGCUCUUCCUGCGCGGCAUCAUGGAAAGUCCAAUUGCUCACGAGCAGCUGGAGGAGGUGAAGCUGGAAGCGGUGCAGGACAACAACGUGGAGCUGGUGACGGAGAUCCUGGGCGACAUCAGCAACCUGAAGGUUAAAGACGACAGCGCGGCCGAGCUGUCCAGGAUCCUGCAGGAGCCACACUUCCAG